UCUACAAAAACACGCACUAAAUCUAACCCAUCUCUGUAAUUUUGCUUCGGAAAAAAUCCUCUGAUUACUGUGCAAAUUAUUUGUAUCUUCUUCUCGUCGUAUAUUAGCUCAGAAUUAGGGUUUAACGAUAUCUGUAAAUGGCUGCAUUCGGCGCUACAACAGCUAACACGAACCCCAACCGUUCAACGGAGGUGCUAUCGCCGCCGAGCGAUUCAGUAUCGAGCCUGCAUUUUAGUCCCAAGGCCAAUUUCUUGGUCGCUACAUCGUGGGAUAAUCAGGUACGAUGCUGGGAGGUGUCGAAAUCUGGAACCGCACUCAGCACUGUUCCCAAGGCAUCAAUAUCGCACGAUCAACCAGUCUUAUGCUCGGCGUGGAAGGAUGACGGGACAACGGUAUUUUCUGGAGGCUGUGACAAACAAGUUAAAAUGUGGCCGUUGUUGUCUGGCGGUCAACCCGUAACAGUAGCCAUGCACGAUGCUCCUAUUAGAGAGCUUGCUUGGAUCCCAGAAAUGAAUCUUUUAGUCACAGGAAGCUGGGACAAGACACUUAGGUAUUGGGAUCUGAGACAGCAGAAUCCAACAUGGGUGCAGCAGCUUCCUGAUCGCUGCUACGCACUAAGUGUUAAACAUCCUCUUAUGGUUGUUGGAACUGCUGACAGAAAUAUUCUAGUUUUCAACCUGCAAAAUCCUCAGACUGAGUUCAAGAGGAUUGUGUCACCCCUGAAGUAUCAAACUCGAUGUUUAGCUGCUUUUCCUGAUCAGCAGGGAUUCUUAGUUGGCUCGAUUGAAGGGAGAGUCGGGGUACACCAUUUUGACGAUUCGCUAUCAAGUAAAAACUUUACAUUCAAAUGCCACAGAGAUGGGAACGACAUUUACUCUGUCAACUCACUGAAUUUUCACCCUGUACACCAUACGUUUUCGACUGCUGGAUCUGAUGGAGCCUUUAACUUUUGGGACAAAGAUAGCAAACAGAGGCUGAAGGCUAUGCUGAGGUGCAAUCAACCAAUAACUUGCAGCAGUUUCAACAACGAUGGUUCGAUUUAUGCAUACUCGGUGUGUUAUGAUUGGAGCAAGGGUGCUGAAAAUCACAAUCCAUCAACAGCAAAGACACAUAUCUACCUACAUCAGCCACAGGAGGUUGAGGUCAAAGGCAAACCACGGACCGGAACGAGCGGCAGGAAAUAAAGCUUUUUAAAAGCUUUCUUCCUCUAAUUCAAAUGUACAUCUUCGAUUGUGUUCAAUUCUCAUUAGAUACUGUAGUUAUAUGGUUUAUGUUGAAUCGUUCUUUCCUCCUUCCAAUGAGAUGGUGAUGUUGCAAA